UUGGGCGAUUGUCAAAUUGUCAGAAGACGUCAAAAAUAAUUUAUCGUAAUUUACAUGUUUACUUCCUGAAAUUAACGUUAUUACAAUCAGAAGUCGUUUCAGUAACUAUAACAUUUUUUUGCGUUUAUGAUUUGUGUAAUUGGGUGUUUGUUUUUUACCGGGAAAGUGGGUGUGCUAAUAAAAACGAAAAUCUCCUUUUGAAAUGACUUAAUUUGCAUUUAAGAUGAAUACCAACAAGUUCAGUCCAACGCGAAACUUUUCAGGUAAUCUGACUGAUAACAAUGAGGAGCCCUACCCAAGCUUAUCGGAUUAUCACGACUACGAACCUAAUCUCGAAUUCGAUGAUAGCGAAUUGCAUCAGAGCCCCGAUAUUGUUGUUCAAACAGCCGAGUUGAUUCAAAUGGAGUCAAACGGCAUUAAUUCGCCGAUUCCUGAUUUCACCGAUGACAACUUUGAGGAAGAGUUAGCCGACCCCAGCGAAGAGAAUUUAGACAGUUUAGUAUACUCCCCUUCCUACCCCGAAGUCGAUGAUUCCCCCACACGUAAGUUUUCCGAGAUUGAUAAACAUAAAAUCGUCGAUGUGAAAGGAGACGACAAUGCCGGGAGAAAAAUCAUCGUUGUGUACGCCCAUCGGCUACCGCCCAUCGCCGAGAUCAAUCACAGUCUAUUUUUAAAUUAUCUUACCCACACUCUAGACCAGUAUGUGGAACAGGAUUAUAGCUUAGUGUACUUCCAUUAUGGCCUCUCAAGCAAGAAUAAACCCUCCCUGAGGUGGCUUGUCCAAGCUUAUAAAGCUUUUGAUAGGAAAUAUAAAAAGAAUUUGAAAGCUUUGUUCUUAGUCCAUCCAACUGGCUUCCUAAAAUUCGUCUCGCAGAUCUUUAGACCGCUAAUUAGCGCAAAAUUUGGAAAAAAAAUCAAUUACAUAAACACUUUGAAAGAGUUAAAUGAGCACAUAUCGCUGGAAAAAUUGGACAUUCCGCAAGAAGUGAUUGAACAUGAUAGAAAACUUGGGGGUAGUGUAACCCCAACAACUGACGGUAGUUUCCAACCUGCGUCACCUCUCCAACAAUUUGGAGUGACCCUUCAAUUUAUUAAAGACAAUUACAAUGUAGUUAUACCACCAGUUGUCAAACAGUGUGUCGAAUAUUUGGAUCAACCAGAUGCCCUAGAGACUGAAGGUAUAUUUAGAAGAUCUGCAAAUACUCUAAAAAUAAGACAGUUGAAAGAAGCCGCAAAUCAGGGUGAAACUCUGACUUUUGCCGACGCUCAUGAAGCUGCAGUUUUGCUGAAAACAUUUCUCCGCGAGCUGAAAGAACCUCUAUUAACUUACGAAUUGUAUGACGAAAUCAUACAAUUUCAAACUUGGGAAAAAGACCAACAACUACGACAGGUUUCAAUCCUAGUCAUGGAAAAGCUUCCAGUUGAUAAUUAUCAAAUUUUGAAAUACAUUAUUAGCUUCCUUUCAAGGGUGAUGGAAAGGGCCGACUUGAAUAAAAUGAAUGCACAAAACUUAGCUGUGGUUUUCGGCCCUAAUCUAGUGUGGUCUGAAGUCGAAUCGAUGUCACUUGUGGCUAUAGGUCCCAUCAACAUGUUCACCCAGUUUUUGUUGCUACAUUGUAAUGCGAUAUUUAUGAUUUAAAAUGCUUUAGGAAAUCGAUUCUGUGAUUGUUAUUGCAUUUUUUUCAGUACAAAAUUCUUUUUUACAAUCUAGAUCGCGACCACUUGCAACAGGGUUUCUGUGUCAAGAUUAAUUUGAGCCAUAAUUGUAUUUUAAUUAAUUGUUAUCAUCUCAUAUUAAUUAAUAAUGUUGAUCAUAAAAAUAGUUUGCCUGGAUAUAUCAUGUUAGAAAAAGAUGUAAGAGAUUUUAAACUACCACUUUGUGUUGCUUAUUACGACAAAACAUAAGACUUAUAGAAGUAGUUAUGUAACUGUAAAAGCAGUAACAAAUGUAGUAAUUUUGUAAAUUAUAUAUAUUGGUGCAUAUCCUUUAUUGAGGAAGAGUUAAAUAUUUUGUACUUAUAUUUGUUAAAAAUUUAAGUUCCAUUAAAGGGUAUGUGCCUGAUUUUGUAUAUUGAACGAAAAAUAGUCAAAAUGCCAAAGAACUGUUUUAAACCUCUGGGUUCUAAAUUAGAUUCUACAUUUGUUAAUUUCAAUUUCUUUAUUUCAGUGAAAAUAGUUUACAGGUCCAAUGUAGAACAUUUCAUAUUGUUUCUACCUCUUGUAUUUAUUAACCCACUAACCAUUCCAUUAGGUUUUAUUUUAUUUUUUAUAUUAUAUGUCUUAUAACCCUACCAAUAGAGUAUGAUAUAAAAAUCUCAUAA